UAUCAAUUGAUGUCACAGCGGAAAUUUCAUGGCCAUAGCACACGUAACUAAAAGGUUAUAUAAUGACCCACGGUGUUGCAUGGUUCUCAAAUUUUAGUUUCCAGAUAAAAUUAUUUGAAAGAAGUUUAUCCUCUUCUCUCUCAUAAAGUGAUUCAACGGCAUUUAAAGCCCAGGUUAGCAUUUCUAUAUAUGUUUCCCUCUCCAGAAAGAAUAAAAGCAUCAUGAAGAAUUUUCAGCAAGCAGUCUUCCUCUCUGCUGCCGCUCUGUUCAGCCUGAUUGCUGCCGAGUGCGAUGUCGUGCCCCUAACGGUAGGUACAGACGGUAAAGGCAACUCUCUGAACAUUGGCGAUGUCCUCGGCGAUCAACCAGACAUGUGUGACUCCCAGGGUGACGGUCAAUAUACGUUUGUUAUGACUGUCGCAAUGGGUGGCCUUCCUAUCCCAGGUGGCCCGAUCACCCCCGGAUUCCCUGGAUAUGUCAGUAGCGCUUCAUACAUGAUUUUCGACAACGGCUGCAAGCUGCUUGGUGCAUACUCACCCAACGGUGACUGUAACUCACCAUACACACUUGAAGAUAAUUACCUCGCGGAUGUCAUGACGAUCCAAUCAUUCACCGACGUCGGCGACCCUUCGUUUACCUUUUAUUACGGGAACGGAAAAUUUAGCACGGGUAACAACCAUUGCGGUUGCGCAACUACCGAUGACUCUCUCACAAAGGUUGCAGCUGCUUGCAAAUGUGCAUUCCCGCAGAACGGUGUCUUGUCGAAGCGAGGCUUUCAGGCUAUCCAGUAUACUGGAUAAAAAACUGGCAUUGCAGUGGAACACAGAUGAUUGGCUUUCCUAUAACUGGAUUAAUGGAUUUUUGAAGUUAUAUACCUACCGAGAUUACCAUGUAUUAAGCGACGAGAAUAGCAUUUCAUAGCAUCAAUGAUGGAACUUUUCUUGAUAUACUUUUCAUGCUAGCGCUUUUCGUUCGGAAAUUUACCUAUACAAGUCAAAUUAACCCAAAUAUGACUGAAAUACCUUUAGCAGAGG